AUAGAUCGAGGCAUUAGCCCCAUGUAGCCUCUUCUCCCACCCGGCCGUCUUCGUUCUUUCUUUUUUUCCCAAGUUGCCUAAAAACGAAGUCGUCGAACCCUUCAAAUCUGUCCAUCCCCAUAGCUCAACCAGAAUUGCCGAUCGCAAAUCCACCGAUCCGAAUACCCCUACAAAAAUUCGAUCUUGAAUCGAUUUAUUAGGCUUUGCCCUUUCUCGACUAUCGGAGAAUUGGAUCGAUUUAUAGGGUCGAUCUGAUAAGGUUUGUGAUUUCUUGGCUCUCGGAGAGAAAAUUUUGGUCGGAUUGCUUAUUCGAUGUAUAGCAAUUUCAAAGAGCAGGCGAUCGAGUACGUGAAGCAGGCGGUGCAGGAGGACAAUGCCGGGAACUACGUCAAGGCUUUUUCCCUCUACAUGAAUGCCCUUGAGUAUUUCCGCACCCACCUCAAGUACGAGAAGAACCCCAAGAUCAAAGAGGCUAUCACCCAGAAGUUCACCGAGUACCUCCGCCGCGCGGAGGAGAUCCGGGCCGUGCUCGACGAGGGCGGCUCCGGGCCUGCUGCCAACGGGGACGCGGCCGUAGUCGCCAGGCCUAAGACCAAGCCCAAGGAUGGGGACGGCAACGGCAACGGCGGCGAGGACCCUGAUCAGGCGAAGCUCAGGGCCGGGCUUACCUCCGCUAUCAUAACAGAGAAGCCCAACGUGAAGUGGAACGAUGUCGCCGGUCUUGAGAGCGCCAAGCAGGCCUUGCAGGAGGCGGUGAUCUUGCCAGUCAAGUUCCCUCAGUUCUUCACUGGAAAGAGAAGGCCAUGGAGGGCAUUUCUUUUGUAUGGUCCACCGGGAACUGGAAAGUCAUACUUGGCAAAGGCUGUUGCAACCGAGGCUGAAUCAACCUUUUUCAGUAUAUCUUCAUCAGAUCUAGUCUCAAAAUGGAUGGGUGAAAGUGAAAAGCUAGUUUCCAACCUUUUCCAAAUGGCUCGUGAAAAUGCUCCUUCGAUAAUUUUUAUCGAUGAAAUUGAUUCUUUGUGUGGUCAGCGUGGAGAAGGCAAUGAAAGUGAAGCCUCUCGGAGAAUUAAGACAGAACUUCUUGUGCAGAUGCAGGGUGUAGGAAACAAUGAUCAGAAAGUUCUUGUUCUUGCUGCCACAAAUACUCCCUAUGCUCUUGAUCAGGCUAUCCGACGGCGUUUUGACAAGCGGAUUUAUAUCCCUCUUCCUGACCUAAAAGCCAGACAACACAUGUUCAAGGUACAUCUGGGAGAUACCCCUCAUAACUUGACUGAGAGCGACUUUGAGAGCUUAGCUCGUCGAACCGAAGGAUUUUCUGGUUCAGAUAUCUCUGUUUGUGUCAAGGAUGUGCUUUUUGAACCAGUUCGGAAAGCUCAAGAUGCCAUGCAUUUCUACAAGACUGCUGAUGGCCUGUGGAUGCCGUGUGGGCCAAGACAUCCAGGAGCCAUUCAGACCACAUUGCAGGAGCUCGCUGCGAAAGGUCUUGCAGCCAAGAUCCUUCCACCGCCGAUCUCAAAGACAGACUUCGAUAAAGUACUGGCCAGGCAGCGGCCGACCGUCAGCAAAGCUGACCUUGAAUUGCACGAGAGAUUCACAAAGGAGUUUGGAGAAGAGGGCUAAUGCAUGAGGUAUGUGAUGGUACGUUGCAAUCCUCAGAGAUUGUUUGCUCCAUAAGAACUCUACAUGAUGUUACCAGGAUUUACUUUUUCUGGUGUUCGCUUCACAGCAGCCUUCUAAAUAAGUGUUCUGGUUUGUACCCCUGGUGGCCUUUGGUGCCACCCAACUGUUCAAAUUAGUCAGCUCUUUUGUACAUGUAAUUUCUGUGAUCCAUAUGAUAUGAACUUUGCCUCU